AUGCAGGGACUGUGCAGCACACUUCUAACAUUUUUUCUAUUGUAUUCGACAGGAUAUCAUAUUCAUAAUCAUAGUGUUGAACUAAAGCGAGCACAAUAUAGCUUGUAUGUUCAAUCAGAGCUGGCAAACUUGAUCCAAAGCGCCUCUGCUACAGAAUCUAUAUUAAAAUACAGAGUUUAUUAUGGAAGCUCGGCAGUAAUGACAAAUAUCACUGAUACUAUGGCAUGGAUAUCUAUUUUGUCACAUUUAGGAAACAUUUUCUGUAAGAAGGCAUCUUUUGUUCAAUAUGCAAGAUUUGACAAUGUUUUUGUUGGAUACUAUAAUGAUACAUUCGAAGUGACAGAGAAAAAUAUCACAAAAUUAUUCAAACUUAAUCCCAACCAGCAAAAUUUUCAAUUCUUUCCUAUGAACGAGUUACGAUUUGUCAGAGAAAUGCGAACGCCUUAUCAAACACUUGCUCGGCCUUGGGUAAAAGAAUUUUACAACAAGAAUACCUCAAGACCAUAUUGGACAUAUCCAUUUACGAAUGUUUAUGGCCAAAGAGCAGUCAGUUUUGUGUUACCAAUAUUUGUCAAGGACCAUUCUUUUCGACAAACCCUAUCUUCCUUUCUUGAAAACUCUUAUUUUGGAAAUGCUACUUUUCGAUACGACACUCCUUUUUUGAGGAUAGAUAAUUUAAUAGCCAUGGUAGGAAUUCAAUUCACUGUGGACUAUUUGUCAGACUUUCUGAAAAACUUAACCAGCAAUUCUGAAAUAUUAAGCAGCUUUAUUGUAAACACUCAUGGAGAAAUAUUAGGUAGCACCUCACGGAACGACACCCUUAACCAGGAUCUCUCUUCGUUCAUUUUCAAUAAUAAUAAGAAUUGGAGUUCUGUUAAUGUUCACUCAUCACCAUUGCCUGGAACAAAUGUCACGUUCGAAUACAAGAACUUUAUGGUUAAAAUUUUGCCACUAGAGGAUGACUAUGGAUUGAAUUGGCUAUUAGUGAUUGCAUUUGCAAAGGGAAAGAAUUAUAUUGAUGAGAUUUUCACGCAAGGUGUCUCAGCAGUUGUGCUGUUCAUUGUUUUAUUCAUUCUUCAAGUUUUAGUUCUAUUCUGUAUUUUGCAAUAUAUCAGCCAUACCCUGUACCACAUGACCCGGAGUAUACACAAAAUACUCAGAUUUCAAGCUCUUGAAAAAACUUGCAAAUUUGGAUCCUAUUCGAUAUUUCUCGACUUCAGAGAGAUGAAUCACAGUUUGAACAAGUUAAAGAUGGGAUUGCAAGAAUUUAGAAAAUAUGUACCACACAUUAUAGAGAAGAAUUUGAACUCAAUAACAGUACCUAUUGAGCAAGAAAUUGAAACGAGCAAGUUGAACACAUACAGAGUCAUAAACCCAAUGUCCUCAAUGAAACCAAUCUAUAUGCGAAAAAAGCUAGCAUUCAUGCAACGCACCCCUUAUUUAUCUACUCUUAAGCCCUAUAGCGAGAUAGGAAUGAAAUCUAGAGAAAUGAUUGUCAUGUUCUGUGGAAUAUCUAAUUUUGCAACGCUUUCUGAAACCGCCAACAACUCCACCUUCACGAAUAUGGUUACCGAUGUGUUUUGUACAGCAUGUCAUUUGAUAGAGUUGCAUUUUGGAGUUGUUGAUAAAAUUGUGGAUGGAACAAUCAUGGCUUUCUGGAACGACGAGUCUUUUCAUGAGAGCCAUGAAAUUCAUGCUUGCAGAGCUGCACUAGAAAUCAUUGAAGAACUCAAACAAAUCGAGGAAAAGCCCUGGAAAACUUUGUAUGGAACCAAACCAAAUAGCUAUCCAAAAUUCGAAAUGACCAUUGGAAUCAAUAGUGGGAAAAUGUUAUGUGGAUGUAUGGGCUCUCCUUCAAGAUUCAACUAUACAGUUAUAGGAGAGAAUGUAAACAUCGCCUCUCGAUUGCAAUACUUGGCCCAGUCAUAUAGAUGUCAAAUUAUUAUUGGAGAGAAUGUUCAAAAAGUCGUCCAGAAAGAAUUCACUUGUUUUUUUGUGGAUUUUAUCAAAUUGAGAGGGAAACUACUCCCCACCUCUGUUUAUUGUCUGGCCACAUUCUCAAAUGAAGCUAGUGAUAUUCAACGAAAAUUGGCCCUUGAGUUGGAAAUGGCAAAAGAAUACUUGCUGAAUGGUGAUUAUUAUCAUUUGAGACAAGUGUGUGAAAAACUUGUUCUCUUGUUCAUGAUCAACGACAAUGAUGACUUGAGCUACAAGCAAAUAGAGUUUGAUGCCCAGCAUGAACACAAAGGCUGUAUGAUUCCUUUACUCCUGCUACAUCGAUCGAUCCAGCUCAUGAACAAGGCAGGUUGUGACGCUCUCUCUCGUUCAAGUAGCAGCUAUUGGAACAAUUCUCAAUGCAGUGAUUGCUUAUCUUAUCCUUGCACCACAGUUCAGUAG